GGUUCCUGGUAUGAACCUUCCAGUUGUUGAUGAACAGCGGGUCGAUGUUUCAAAGGUUGCUUUGGAUUUUUUGGUGCUCUGCGGGACACUGACCUGAAUUCAGCUCAGACUGCACACAUCUCGCUGCCUGAAUCCUCACAGCCAUACCUACUCAGGAUGAGGACUGUGGGCCACUUAUUGAUUCUGGCAAUGCUGCCUUUACUAUGCAAAGCUCAGCUUCUGGACAUCUGCAACGCCCGACCCAAAGACCUCGCUCUGGAACCGCUCUGCGUCCACCGCGGCCCUCAUCCAGACGAGCCCGACAAACUGACCCCGGAACCCCGACACGUCAACCCCAGAGUAUGGGAGCUGUCUAAGGCCAACAGCCUCUUCGCCCUGUCUCUGUACAAACAGAUGGCCCUCAGCAGGACCCCCGAAAGCAACAUCUUCAUGUCGCCCCUCAGCAUCUCCACCGCCUUUGCCAUGACUAAACUGGGAGCCUGCAACAGGACACUGGUGCAGAUCAUGAAGGUGUUUCAGUUUGACACCAUCAAGGAGAAGACGUCUGAUAUGAUCCACUUCUUCUUCGCCAAACUGAACUGCCGUCUGUACAGGAGGAAAGACAAGACCACAGUACUGGUCUCCGCCAACCGCCUGUUUGGGGACAAAUCGCUCUCUUUUAACCAGACGUACCAGAACAUCAGCGAGGCCGUGUAUGGGGCAAAACUGAUGCCUCUCAACUUCAAGACAAACCCAGAUGCGGCUCGGAUGACCAUCAACAACUGGAUCUCCAACAAAACAGAGAACAGGAUCCAGGACACGCUGCCAUCAGGGGCAUUGGACUCCAACACAAUUUUGGUUCUUGUCAACACCAUCUUCUUCAAGGGUCAGUGGAAAAACAAAUUUCCCAAAGAGAACGUGAUUGCCUCAGACUUCUACGUCGAUGAGAGUCCCAUCUGCCAGGUCAACAUGAUGUUCCAGGAAAUCAAAUUCAACUACAAGGACUUGCCCGAUGAGAAGGUGCAGCUACUGGAGAUGCCAUACAGAGGAGAUGAGAUCACUAUGGUGAUCAUCCUGCCAAACAGAGGCCAUCCGCUCAGUCAGGUGGAGGAGAAUCUGGACCAGAACAAGCUGAACAGCUGGUUGGACCAGAUGAGAGAGACCACCGUCUCUGUCACCAUGCCUCGCUUCCGGGUGGAGGACAGCUUCAGUCUGAAGGAGAAGCUGCAGCAGAUGGGACUGACCGACCUGUUUAACCCAGAAAGGGCCAGCCUGCCAGGAAUCCUGGAGCACGGCCACACCUUUAUCUCUGACGCCUACCACAAAGCCUUCCUGGAGGUAAACGAGGAGGGAAGUGAAGCCGCCGCCACCACAGUUGUUAUGGCCGUAGGACGCUCCUUUAACCACAACCGCGAGUUUUUCCAGGCUGACCAUCCAUUCCUGGUGAUCAUUAGAGAGUCAACCCUCAACGCGGUGCUGUUCAUCGGCCGUGUGUCCAACCCUUGUGGACAAUAAAACUGCUCAGCCCACGAUGCUGUCAACAUCUCUGCUGCUUUAAAAAUCAUUCAAAGCUCUUGUGCUUUAAGGGUGUGUAUGACACCACUGGUCAAAGAUUUAUGAACAUCAAUUUUACACUUUUCCAAAAUAUUUAUUAGACAUCCAUAGUAAGGAUUUUAGAUGAGCCUAAUUAAAACAUUCCUGUAUUAAACUUGCUUUCUAAUGCA